AUUCCUGUCCGACAACAUUGGAAGGUUACGUCGUCUUCUCAACCCAUAGGAAGGAUUUCACCGAGUCAACCUGUUACUCACUGGAUACUGGAUUUGUUAAUCUCGCCGCAGUCGUCAGGGCGUCAGGGUCCUACAGUCUCGCCGUCCUCGACUUUAAUAAAAUGGAGCAAGUGUUGUGUAUACUGCUGUUGAUGGUGACGUCACAAACAGCUGCGCAACUUCUGUUCGCGGGAAGAUGUCCUUACCAAAAUGUCGUUCAGAACUUUGACUUUUCAAGUUUUGCAGGUAGAUGGCAUGAAAUAGAGAAAUAUUUUUCCUUCUUUGAGUUGGGAGGCCGAUGCAUUUCCAGCAAAUUCUUUCUUUCAUCUCCAGGUGAUACUACUUUCGGAGUCAUCAAUAAACAAGAAACAGUGUUUGAUAAUAGGGUCACCACUAUUCGGGGGCAGGCAGUGAGUGUGUCCUCUACUUCCGAGGCCAAGCUGUCCGUCACCUUCAAUAACGUCAUGAUUCCAGGUCUGACUGGAGCUAGAAGUGAUGGAAACUACUGGGUACUUGACACGAAUUAUUCCAACUAUGCCAUUGUGUGGUCCUGUGAAGACAUGGGAUUCUUCCAUACUCAGCUCCUUUGGAUUCUGAUGAGAAAUCGGAAACCAAAUGCCUCAGCAGUCCAAAGAGUCAAGGAUAUCAUCACUAGCCGUGGCCUCAGGACCUCCUAUUUACAAGUGACUGAUCAAACCAACUGCAAUUGAACUAUGAUAAGGUUGAAUGUUUUGUAAUGUUAUUUAUUUUGAGAAAAAACAUGAUAAUGUACUGCAUUACAGGAAAAGGUCACAAGAGAUACUCAAUACCAUGUCUGUAAAGUUUAUAAAGUUUUUUUAUCAUUAA